AUGGCUCAUUCUGCCCUGCUGGUAGAUGCCUUUGUGGCUGGCAGCAGGAGCCUGCACCCCAGCAAUAGCACAGCCGAUGGUGUGCUGGGCUCACGACGCCUGCUGCAGUAUGCCCAAGAGGAGGAGGAGGAUGGGGUGCUGUACGUGGAAUACCGGCCCCCUGCCCUGGACACCAUCCGCCUGCCCCGCUACGUCGUGUACCUGCUGAUGGCUGCGGCGAUCGUGGUGGUUGUCGCAUACGCCAUUGUGGGCCACCUCAUCAAGGACCUAGUGCAUGACUUUGCUGACUGGGCAUUUGGGCCCAAGGCAGAGGAGGAGAAAAGGGUCCACGAGCUGAAUCUGGUAGAUGCAGUCUCGGAAGAUGAAGCGUGGCCAGAUGAGAUCGCUGUGGUGGUGGAUGACAACCAAAUUGGCAAGAUCGCUGGCCUGCUGCCUGGCAUGGAAGACACCCCGGUGCAGCCCACCGCAGCCCCCCGCGGGUCCAUCUCCUUCGCGGACUCUCACAAGAAGAGGUUCUUCUAG